CCAGCGCUCGCAACAGAGCGAGCAGUGCCACACUUGUGCAAUCACCACCAACAACCAACAUCUCUGUGCUGAUCCAGAGAAAAUACAACUUCACAGAAAUCAGUCAUUAAAAACUGUCGACAGUCGGCCUCGCGGAGAGACAUCAGCGCGGUGCUCACGCGCACUUGGAUACAAUUUCGAAGGGAUUGACGUCUCUUUUUGGGGCUUUUUAGGUAGAGUUUUGAAGUCCGGAGACUGGUCGCAACGGAUCACCUGUGCGCGUGUAUUAAUGACAAACUGAGCAACUGCUAUGACAGGUAAAUUAGCGGACAAGAUCCCUAUUACCAUGAGCAGUUUAAUCAACGCCAUACCUGACAGUCUCUAUCCAGAAGAAGACAUUCCUACAUCUAUGAACAUUUUCACAAAUCCGGACUCUAUUUCGCACUACUCGCAGAUGAAUACAGACAACAUCAUGGACUUGGGGAUGGGUGGCGAGAAGGGAAGUGGAGAGAUUCAGUAUGGCACCAGCGGUUUCCAGUCCGGUCGAAGUGGACAGACCGUCACCUACUUGGGCAAGUUCGCUUUUGACACCCCUCCAUCGGGCAGCAUCGGAGGCUCGGGUUGGUGUCCCGAUAACAAUAUCAUCAGUUUGGUUAGUGCCGGAAUCCUGGGCGUGUCACCGUCACCCGGCAACAUCACCAACCAGACGUCUUCGUCGGGCGGCAGCAUGGGCGGCCAGUCGUCAGACAUGGAGCAGGUGUACGCACCACCUCUUCCACCCUACUCGACCUGUGGCGAGAUAUAUCCGGAGCAAGUGACGUUCCACCACAGCCCGGCCACCUCCUCGUCUUUGCCCUAUCCGAGCUCCGACUACCACGCCACCUCUAAACAGGGAAUGGACAGCAGUCUGUUUUCCAUGAUCCCAGACUACAACCUCUUCCAUCACCAGGGAGACGUAGGGAUGAUGGAGCAUAAACCUUUCCAAACCAUGGACCCUAUUCGAGUGAACCCCCCUCCUAUAACUCCCCUUGAGACAAUUCGGGCAUUUAAGGAUAAGCAGCAGAUCCAUCCUGGGUUCUUGGUGGUCAACAGCACGUUUCCCCACCAUCAACCUUCUCAGACGCUCACCCUCAAACCCAUUCGCCCGAGAAAGUACCCCAACCGGCCGAGCAAAACUCCCGUCCACGAACGGCCCCACGCCUGUCCGGCGGAGAACUGCGACAGGCGUUUCUCGCGAUCGGACGAGUUGACGCGCCACCUGCGUAUCCACACGGGUCACAAACCCUUCCAGUGCCGCAUCUGCAUGCGCUCCUUCAGUCGCAGCGACCAUCUAACCACGCACAUCCGUACGCACACCGGCGAGAAGCCUUUCUCUUGCGAGUUCUGCGGACGCAAGUUCGCUCGCAGCGACGAGCGAAAAAGGCACGCCAAGGUGCACCUGAAACAGAAAGACAAGAAGCCCACAGACAAGGGCAGUAGCGCUGGGGCAGGGAGCCACGCUUCUCCACCGAGCUCCUGUGGGAGCGCGGGACCCAGCAGCGCAAAUAUUAUGACUGUUACCACUUGUGCAUGAGAUGGACUUGCUAGGACUUCGAGGAGAAAACCUGAAGGUUUCUCUUCUCCAUUUAUACACACUUGACUCUUUUCGUCUAUCCCUCUCGAUAUCCAUCCAUUUUCUCCUGGUAGCCGCUGUGGACUAGUGUCGCAUGGAUGGUCAAAGAUAACAGUUCAAGCAGUCAGGUCAAUCCUCGAAAAGGCACUUAUAUACAGAUGCAGUACAAUCUCAGUACAAAGCUUUAGCCUUUUAUUUUUGUUUCAUUUGAAUUCAAGGAGAGAUCUGAUCCUGUUUCUGUUCUUCCCAAGUGUAUUUCGGUUUAUCAUUGUGCACUUUCAUUGGCUUACUUUGUUUUUUUAAUUAUUGUUAAUUAUUUAACGCUUUGUGUUGUUGUUUUACAACAGAAUGUGCCAAAUGUAUUUAAAUACAACAAUAUUUGCAUUUUAUUUUUUUUAUUACCCUGAUUGGGAAUUUGAUAAUGACAUUCAUUUUGGGAACAUUUAGGCCUUUAAGCCUAAAGGCUCAAGGAGACUGAACAUCAUGUGACUGGUAAAAGUCUGUUGCAUCAUUACGUUGCAUUAUCUUAAUAUUUCCAAAUCCCUUCUGUACAUUUAAGGGAUAUGGAUGCAUUUGUAAUUGGCAACAGGCUGGCAGUGCAAUAAACGAUAAAUAAGAACAGCAAUGACAAGAAAACAAAGUCUGGCUCACUUUGAGAAGUUUAAUUUGUAGAAAUGAAAUGAAGACACAGCUGUGGCCUUUACCUGUUUCGCUUAAUUUGGUGUGCAUAUGGGCCAAACUUGUCGUUCGUGCUUUACUUUUGGUAUAAGCAGAUGCGAUGAUCUGAUCUGAGCCUAUGUGUUUUUUAUUGCCUGUAUGCCUGCAUGCAUCUAGUAUCGUGUCUUUGCUAAUACAAAAAAAAAAAGAUUGCAUCAGUCAUUAUUGAAGACCUAGAGCAAUAUGCACAGAGUGUCAAAGAGUUAUUUUCAUGUGAAAAUCAUCCCGGUAUGGUUUUUGUUGUCAUUAUUAUCAUCAUCAAUGUUUUACUGGACAGUUACUUUACAUGUUUUAAUCAUCCAAUAUUUUUCAUUGGGAACCCUUUUUUAUGCACAUUACAUAUUCAGCACACAUUUAAACACACACAGUUUUCAAAAUGAAAUCAGCCAAAAUUAUGGUAAUGCUUGUCUGCGAGCAUAACCACCGGGCGAGAUUGAUCUUACGAGUCAAUGUUUUGCAUUUUCAGCAGCUGAGGCCUGCCUGCUAUAUGCAUGCCAUUCAAGACGUUUUUUGGAUGGGAACAGUUUUGACAUUUACUGCUCUCAUGGGCAGCACUGUAAUGUGGUAUCUCCACGGUUACUCAUAUUCGGAUUAUGCCUUGAGAUUCUGAAUAUUAAUAAUGGACGAGAGAGGGUUUUGUACAGUUAAUUACACAAACAUAUUACUACAUGUUUUCUACUUGGAAUGUACAAAGCAUUGUCCUUCAGUAUUACAACGUGCGUGUCUGUGCACGUGUGCGGACGCAUAAGCAAACACCCGCAUACUCCCAAUUUACAUUGACUGAAUGUUGAUAAAAAGGGUGUGUUUACAUUUUUAUUUUUAUUUUUGUUUUUCAGUCUUUCUGUUUUUGAGAUUGUGUACAUAGUGCAGAAUGUUUUAUAAAGUGUGUGUGUGUGUGUGUGUGUGUGUGUGUGUGUGUGUGUGUGUGUGUGUGUGUGUGUGUGUGUGCGUGUGUGUGCGUGUGUGUGUGUGUGUGUCGAAGUCGAACAUUGACAGUUUUUAAAUGUGAUGCAGUCUCCAUCAUUUUUUAUAGAGUCUCGGAUAUUAAUUGUAGUUAAUCAAACAUUGCAAAUUAUGACUUGCGGACACGCUGAAUGAUGUGUUUAAUAAAAGAAUAAACAGUAAGAUUAUUUGAGAAAAAUGCUAAAUUCUGUCUCAUUACCUUAUAACCAAGCUAUGCAUACAAAGCAAUUGUUUUUUCUUUUUAAAUAUCACAGCACUAUUAUUCUGUUUACUACAGUUGCAUUUGACAAAUUAAGAUUUAAUUAUAAAAUGUAUUCGGAUUCAAGCUAUAAAACUCCUAUAAAACUACUGCAAAUGUUUUAAAUUAGAAAAAUAAAAAUUGUGCCGAUACCCAUAUUUGAUUACUUGUAAAGACGUCUGCCCAUACCGAUUGAUGCAGAUACACUGUAAAAAUGAUAUCAUAUUAACAUAUAUUUUUAUGUUACUUUAACUUCAAAAAAUAAGUUAACUUAAAAAACACAAGUUGAAUUAGGUUAAAUUUACUUGCAUUAUUAAGUUGUUUAAACUUCAGUGUAGUUUUGCAUUUUACUCCUCAUUUCACAUUAUUAUGUUAUGAAAUCCUAAAAGUGCAAAGCUUCACCAAAUGUUUUGAUUGACAGGAUAUAAUUUGCCCUGAUUAUCGGCUGUUUUUAAACAAUCUGAUAUUGGGGGAAAAUAGCUUUUAUCUGUCAAUGCCGAUUAUAGGCCGGUAUAUCAGUGCAUCUCUAUUUUAAAUUAGAAAGGCACAUAAAGUCUUAAAAUUAUUUAUUUUUUAUUCUUUAUUUACUUCUGAAUGGUUUCAACCAUAUUGUGCGUAAGGCCAAAACAUAAGCUCUGAACACUUGGCUUAAAAUUACAGAAAAAUGAAAUCUUUCAUAUCAUACUCUCGGUAAACUCUUGCCAUCUUGAGCAAAUCACUUCUGCAACAUUUCUCCUGGCAAACUUCCAAUUGUUUUUCCUUCUGGUGAAGGCAUUUGUUAGCUUUUCUAAAAAUGAUUACAGUUUUGCAUAAAUAGCUGACAGCAGAGUGGUAUUUAUGAUACAUGUUUUAAGUGGAAAUAAUUGGACCGUUAAAAUAAAAAAUGUGCAAAAUGCUUCAGUCCUUUUAAUAAAACGAUGCAGGUCCUUAUAGGCAAUAUCAUUUAUGUUUUAUAUAUAUAUAAUUCAAUACGUUGUUUAUAUAUGUUAUAUGUUCAUCAGCUAAGUUAAUGGUAUAAACAAAAUAUAUAUCAGGGGUGAGAAACGAAAAUUACAAAUCUAAUAUUGAUCUACAGUAGAAACUGAUCUGCAUACAGUUGCCGAUAGCAAAACAGGGAUUUUAAAUGUAUGCAUUACAUUACUGUCCUGAAUUAUGCAUCGAUAUGGCCCUUAAUGUCAGCAUUGUGUACACAAGUAAGUUUGUAACCUCUCUUACGGCAUUUGAAGGCAUGUAAGUGCACGCUACACCAAAAGACAGGUUCAAAUAAUACGGGGUUCUCUGUUUUUUUUUUCUUUAUUAGAGAGAUAUCUCCACUUCUAAUGCACAUAUGGUUUAAGAGGUAUUGUCUUUAAAAUAGGCAUAUACACGAAAACAGCUUCUGGCUUAAUUUCUUUCUUUCUGUGCCAAGAUACAUCGGCACGCAGCGCCAAACUGCAGCAGUAAAAAUAGCAAAGGCAGUUCUCACAGAUCAAAUAUGAUACUCUGUGGAAUUGUGUAUAUAUAUAUGUGUGCGUGUUUUUCAGCAAAUUCAUGUCCUGAUGUAUAGAAUAGAGCGAGGUUUUGAAGAAAAUUGUGUAUUUAAAUGUAAUGAUAAGCUAAGACCAGUAAAAACACCAUAUGCAAUUUAACUCGGAUUGAGAGCACAUGAAAGUCUUCCUCACACUCUAAAAAAUAAUGCAGCAUAAAUUUUGCAAGUCAAUUCAACUCAAGUCAAUUAUUUUAAGUUUGACCUGUGAUAAGUUGACAUAACAUAUAAAAACAAGUUAAAAUUGUUUAACUUAAUUUGUUAAGUUAAAGUAACAUAAAAAUGUAUGUUGAUUUGACAAAAAUGCUUGAUUUUUUACAGUACACAUCAAAUUCUGUUAAGAAACAAGCAAUUGUGAACUCCAGAAAACUUGUGUGUAUUUGGCGUGUAUGUGUGUGUGCUGACGUUUGUGUUGGUUUGAGCAUGCUUGCAUGCACCUGUAUAUCUGUGCUGAGUGCUUCCAUGUUUAGACUUUUACUUUCUCUGCGGAAACGUCUGGGUCCAUUUCACAAGAAUUGCCAAAAAAAUUAACUGUCGUGUGUAGAUACAAAGAGUUGACUGUGUGACUGAGUGCAAUAAACUACAAUAUCAGUAAAUAUACUUAUUUCCCAACUUGUACUUCUUUAACAUGAUUUUCAGAUUUUGGGAGAAUAGACAUCAUGUCUCACAACUUCCCCGAUGUCAUAGCAUAACUCUUCUCUGUCUGGCUUUGGAUCAGAGCCAGGACGAACAGCCUUGUUUGCACCAAACUGGGGUGCAAGCUCGGCUGCCCUGGAACAAUAUGCCCACCGCAGAAAUGUAAAUGUGACCCUAGUCAGCUCUGAAGCAGCAGGCCCUGUUUCACAACACUGAUUCACUGUUUACCUGAUUCGUUUGCUCUCUGCAAGUCCGUCAUUAUGGAUGAUUCAGCAUCGGCCAAUCAGAACUGCCCACUGUGCUAAAUAUGAUGACUCCCAACUAAAAACACAGAAAUGAAAGAAGGACAUUAUUAUUGAUGCCCAUACUGAGUUGGUCAGUCAUGUAUAUGGUUUUUGUAAUAAAUAAUUUGUUGUGUGGUCAUCUUGGGCCAAUAUUUUGGUAUUCUUUUGCCUACAGGACUGUACUGCAUGUCUUGCAUGUAUCAAAUGAAGGCACUUUUAUGAGUAUGAGAAAUAAAACAUGGUUUUCAUUGUGUUAGAAGAUACGUUUUUACAUCCUGUAAUAUUUUCAUUGCCUUAUAAUAAGGCCAAGUGGUAAAAGCGGUUAAUUGUUUACAGAAUUAAUUGACGUUAUCCCUUUUGUGGAGAGAAAAUGUUCUUUUGGCUUCUCAUUCUUGUUGUAAAUUAAAUGUUUUCCAGUUGACACGUACUUGAAUACACACCUGAAUAAAACGCAACCA